UAGUCUCUUGCCCACUUUUAAUCUCUGCAAUAAAUUGUGGACAUGCACUCAGGGAGCGAAAAACUCUAUUCCAAGAUUCACUGGUUCACCAUAUCUCUUAUUUCAAUCCUGAUCAAUCUGUUUUUUUUGAAGAUGUUUAUCUAAUAGACCUGAUUACACAUCUUCAUUUUUAAAACAAAAGAACAAUGGCAGGCUGCCUUAGAGUGAAUGGGUUAUGGAGAAAAUUGAAUCAUUAACUUAACAGAACUGGAUAUAUCUGAUGAUUUGAGGCUCAUCCAGAGACUAUAAAUUUUAAUAAGUUUACAAAUUUUUGACUAUUACUAAAUUUCACAUUGUUACCGACACUCACCAAAGAAUCAAAGAAAACAAAAUAGUCAAAUACGUAAUUUCAGAACAAGGAGAUGGAUGUUCCAGCAUUAGGUCACCUACUUCUCUCUCUGUGUGGGAUCUUACUUUGGUUUCCUCUUGUGGUGAAAUCUCAGAAUGACACCGAGCCCAUUGUAUUGGAGGGGAAGUGUUUAGUAGUGUGUGACUCCACUCCAGCUGCAGAAUCAGGAGGGAAUGCACUGGGAAUGUCAAUUCGCUCUGGCACGGGGCGUGUUGCUUUUUCGGCUAUCCGAAACACUAACCAUGAACCAUCAGAGAUGAGCAACCGGACAAUGACAAUUUACUUUGAUCAGGUCUUGGUAAACAUUGGCAGCCAUUUUGACCCUGCACGGAGCAUCUUCCUGGCACCUAGAAAAGGGGUGUACAGCUUCAGCUUCCAUGUGGUCAAAGUUUACAAUAGACAAACGAUACAGGUAAGCUUGGUGUUGAAUGGUUGGCCAGUGAUCUCAGCCUUUGCAGGGGACCAGGAUGUGACACGUGAGGCAGCAACCAAUGCUGGACUGGUUACCAUGGAGAGAGGAGACAAAGCCUAUCUUAAACUUGAGCGAGGAAAUCUGAUGGGUGGUUGGAAGUAUUCAACGUUUUCUGGGUUUCUUGUUUUUCCUUUAUAGAAGGAAACUGUUCAUGUAUAUAAUUUCAUUAUUUUUGUCUGUUUUGUGCCAAUGAUUUAAACAGCUUUUUGAUUUUUUUUCUCAUCAUGUACUCAUGAUUUGCAUGGCUACGUGAUAUAACACCUGAAACAAUUCAGAUGAAUAUACUGGAAUAAACAAGCAACAUCCUGAUGUGGACAUAUUAUUUAAGAUCAAAGUGCAAAUAGAUACAGAUGGAUGCAUACUCAUUUCUAUUUAUUAUCACCAGUGCCAUCUGUUAAUCUGGCAAAA